AUGAGCAAUGCCGACAGCCGAGACGACACGCCGUCACCGCCGCGUAGGACGCGGCAGGAGGUAUGGAAUCACCGCAAUGUGGAUGCGAUACCCAGUGAUCUCACCAGAACCAGUGCGCACGUGGACCCCAUAUCGAGCAGCGGAGCCGUAAACGCGACCAGGACUUUGAGAGAAAGCAAGCGCUACUUUGGUUGCAUCCGCGUUGUCGUGCGCUGUCGCCCGUUGCAGCCGGACACAGAAGCCCACCACUCAGCCGAGCGCGUUCAUAUCAAUGGCGACGAGGUGAUCGUGCGUGAUAGGAUGGCGCCAAACGAAGGCCGGUCCUACCGCUUCGAUCGGGUCCUGCCUCCCGAAGCAGAUCAGGUAGCCACCUUCGCGGAGAUCGCUCCUCUCGUGGAGCACGUACUCGAUGGGCUUCACGCCACCGUAUUCGCCUAUGGGCAAACCGGCAGCGGCAAGACCUACACCAUGGAUGGGUUGCGCAGCAGCGGAUUGAAUCUUCAGCAGCGCAAGGCGAUGGUACCUCAUGUGGACGGGACAGCAGUUCAGCAGCACGGGAUCAUGCUUCGUAUCAUUCAGCUGCUCUUUGACCGUGCACGUGAACGGCAACGCGCGGUUGGCGUGGAAGACGCCGAAUCGCCGGAUAAUGCCGGAACGACAGACGACGGGGUGGUGUACACGUUUCGCUGCAGCUUCUACCAGAUCUACAAUGAAAAGAUUUCUGAUCUGCUCCGCGGCAUCGGCGUCUCGGCAAACCCCAACGAGGCAGCGGCGCCUUUGCCGUUCUCUUCGUCCACCCUGGCAAAGCUCCAGAUGGAUGCACGCGGCGAGAGAGGCGUCGAUCAGGGCGACCUGCGUGUGCGCUGGCACAAGGGCGACGUCUUCAAGGUGGAGAACUUGUUUAUUUGCAGCUGUAACUCCCCGGAUGAGAUGCGUGGGAUGCUCUUCAGCGGGAUUCAGCAGAAGGUUGUGAGCAGUCACCUCAUCAAUCGCCAGUCCUCCCGCUCCCAUUGUGUCUUUACCAUCUACGUGGAAAGCCGCGCCCGCCAAAAUGGUGAGCUGCUCAGUCAAUCCGAGCUGUCACUUGUGGACCUAGCAGGCUCCGAAAAGAUUGGUCUUCUCUCCCACCGCCCAGGCGCGAAGCUUAUCAAGGAGUCCAUCGACAUCAAUACGUCGCUGCUGGCUCUGGGAAAGGUGAUCACCGCGCUCAGUGGCGGAGCUGCGGAGGCGACUUCGACACUUAAAAGGAAGAACGCCGGUGUGGUAUCUCACGCUCGCGGCGGUGCAGAGCAGCACACCGGAGGCCGCCACAUUCCUUAUCGUGACAGCAAGCUGACAAUGCUCCUCAAGCACGCUCUUGGUGGCAACUCUCUGACCACCAUGAUUGCCUGCAUCAGUCCCUCGGACCGUUACGUGGAGGAGACGAUCUCGACGCUUAUGUAUGCGGGUCGCGCGAAGAGCAUUCGGAAUGCGCCGCACGUGAACGAAGAUGCGACGACGUUGCUAAUGCGAAAGCUCCGAGGGGAGAUUGCCCAGCUUAAAACGGAGAUCGGGUACUAUCGUGAGAUGGCGAUGAAGUCCCUGGUAGAGCGUGAAGGACGUGCAAACGUGUGCGAGCGCUGCAGCGGUGUGGUGUACAAGAAUUCCCUACGCCCCGCCGACCCAUCGAGCUCCAUUGGCUGUAGCACGGCAGCAGACGUGACCACUGGACAAGAGGUGGAUCAACUAGCGGACUCGCUUGUAGCCGCGUGCGGAAUGCUCGCCAAGUUGAUGCAGGCAAAUGCAGAGCUACGCGAGCUCUAUGAUGCGGCGCGCGGGGUACAGGAUGCUGUGGAACGUCGCGAGGCAGAGCUCAACGCCGAGAACCUGUCGCUUCGAGAGCGUCUUGCCAUGCUGGAGGAUAUUGUGCUGCAAGAGGACCUGGAGGAGGUAAAGGAGGAUAGCCUGCUGGGCGACGCUGAUGCCAAGGGAAUGCUUAACAGCAGCAAGCCACCGAAGCAGGCUAGGCCUUCCCGGGAGAGACCGGAGCUCUCGCGUGCCGUGGGAGGACCACUUUCGGCGGUGACGCAGACCACCGCCUUACCAGCUCUCGAGCAGUGUACAGGUGAUAGAGCGAGUAGCGCUGGGGCAGUCGAUGACAGCGCCACAGGAGGCUCCUCUUCGCAGCGAUCCACUGUCUCAUCGACCGAUGUUGGGCGACGUGCUACGGUGGGGAAUGAGCGUUGUGAGCCCGGUAAGCGCGCCUCAACAUCACCAUCCACACGCAGCGCGACACGUGUAAGUGCACCUCACAACGGCGCGGUGGCGUCGCCUGUGCGCACGAUAGCCCUUGGCCCAUCCCCCACGGUAGAGCAGCUCUCUAGCGUUCUGCAUGGCCUGCCAAGUGGCAUCCCUGCAUUGGGUGACGCUUCUGAGGCCUCGCUGAUGCGCCGUGCCGACCGUGCGUCCUUGAGGAAGCGUGCGACGGAGGAUAAGGACGGACGACAAGAGCAUGGUCGGAAAAAGACAAGGAGGAAGCGCAGUGGUGGCCUGGCGAGGCGACUCACGGAGUACGAGGCGCGGUACCGGAUGCCGCACACCACUGAAACGUACGCUGACUACUACCAGCAGCCGGUUCGCAGCAAGAGUGUAGCGGUUGUGGUUCCUGGUGCUCCUGCGAUUCGAGCGUCGGAGACUGCCUCGAUGCAGGUGACGGCUGCGUUGCAGGACAUGAGGAUAACGGUGUCAAAGCUGCCCAAGGCGGUGGUACGAGAGUACGUGCCCGCCUCUCUUUUGCGGCCCGGUAUGUUCGGGUCUUUGGCGUUCGGCGGUGAUGAUGCCGCAAAAAUGCGGUUUGAGCAGAACCGUAGCGCCCGAGAGGCACGUCUGCGCGAGUCGAAGCAGCGCCAGCAGGAGUUGUACCGGAAGGUUCACCUGGCCGUUCACGGGCUUCGAUCUGAGGACCACGCAAGCGUCGGCGUUGCUCACUCGUCGUCGUCGGCCUCUUCUUUAGAGACCGAGACGCCACAGCAGGCAAACAGGACAAGCGAUUACACUAGCAAUCCCGGUGAGCGAGAGAAGGAAUGCUGCCGAAGCGGUCCUGUGUAUCCAAUUUGUGCGCCGACGUCUUCCUGCGCGGCCCUGGCGGUCAAACGCGCUGGCACCGCUCCGUACUGUGAGCCGAGUGUGCGCCAGAGCCCAUCCGCCUCCUUUGCCAGCAUGCCACGCCAUAUGGAGUACGUGGAGCACAACAAGUAA